AAAAAACGAUGACAGCUGGUCAAACAGGUCGGUCCACUCGAGGAAGCUGAGAUAUAAAAGCUGGCAGGCUGGUUGGUCUGAAGUCAGAGCUGCAAACAUCCAUCAGAGACAAAGUCUGAACAGGAGAAACGAACGUGACAUACGCUGUAAACAUGAAGUUGGGGCUGCUGGUGGUGCUGGCGGUGGCAGUUCUGGUGCCAAGCCUGUCCGAGAGCCGGAUCGUCUCCAAAUGCGAGCUGAAACAAAAGCUGGACCAGGCGAUCCAGCUGCCCAGGAGUUUUCAAAGACUGAAGGAGAGAAUUCUGGCCACAGUUAUCUGUAAUCUGAACAGGAGGUCCCACCUGAACACCGGCCUGGUCAAAGUGUUUGGCAAACGUAUAACUACAACUCCCAAACCAAUGACUACCAGUCCAACCACCAAUGGACCAGUGGCUACCAGUCCAACCACCAACGGACCAGUGGCUACCAGUCCAACCACCAACGGACCAGUGGCUACCAGUCCAACCACCAAUGGACCAGUGGCUACCAGUCCAACCACCAACGGACCAGUGGCUACCAGUCCAACCACCAAUGGAUCAAUGACCACCAAUGGACCAGUGGCUACCAGUCCAACCACCAAUGGACCAGUGGCUACCAGUCCAACCACCAAUGGACCGGUGGCUACCAGUCCAACCACCAAUGGAUCAAUGACCACCAAUGGAUCAAUGACAGCCGGACAAACAACCACUACAUCAGCCCCAUUGUCAUCUCAAUCAACACCAUCGGAAUCAAAUGCCACAAACUCAACCUUCGGACCGGGCCAAACGCCUGGCAAAAGACGGAGGAGGGAGGCCGACACAAGCAGCGAGGAGUCCGACUUUAAUGAGAUGGAAGCAGAGAUGGAAGAAGAUCUGGGGGACGAAGAGAUGACAACAGAGAUGGAUGAGGACGAUCAGACGGAAGAUGAUGACGAGGCGGACGAGGCUGAUGGUGACGAGGAAGACGAGGCUGACAGUGAUGAGGAUGAUGAGAAGGAGGAGGAUGAGCAGGAGCUGGAGGAAGAUGGGAAACGUCAAAAACGAUCUCCACGUAACAGGGGAGACAGGAAGCAAUCCAGGAAGGACCACAGGAAGCCCUCCAGGAAGCACUACGGGAGGCCCAUCAGGAAGCAUAAGCCUCGGUCCCUCGGCUUCUACGGGCUCUUCCAGAUGCACGACAGGUUGUUCUGCGAUUCUGGCUACAUCAAGUCCAAAAACAAGUGUGAGACGCCCUGCACCGCCUUCACUGAUGAUGACAUCACGGAUGACAUUGAAUGCUUCGUGAAGACUCGUUACUGGUGGUACAUGUUCAAGACGGCCCCUCGCUGGUGCAGGAGUUUCACUUUCACUCAAAACUACUUUGACGAGUGUAACUAAGCAGCCGUCAGUUUCUACCUGCAGGACGUCACAUCCAGGCUGAUUCCUUCAUCUCUGUCAGCCCCGUCUCCAGUGUGACCUGUGUGCUUUGACCUUUCGACGGCAUGAUUAUCUCUCCAGCAUGUUGGAAGCCGCUUGUAAGCGUCGCCAUCGAGCUCACUUCCUGUGUGUUCUGCAGGUAGCAGCCCUCUCGCUCCUCUGUACGCCAACACCUGAAUGUGAGGCGGUAAUCAGUUCUCUGUCCUGAUUGGAUAAAGUGGGAAGCAGCUUUGAGCAUUUUAUUUUCAUUCUAUUUUAAUCAAUCGCUGAAAUGUCUGUACUUGAAAUUAAACUGGCAUCGGUUCUCAGUAAUGUUGAUGAAUGUGUUGGUGGUUUUUUCUGGCUGAAAAAACAAAAACAAAAUCAUCUGGUAUUUUCUGCUGUCUGUCACUUUCAAUAAACACUUCAUGUUAAA